AUGUCCGCUCAACUGAAGCCUCUCGGCGACUGGGUGAACCAGCUCUUCGACACCAUCUUCUUCGACUCGGACGACAACAAUGCCAUCAAAGCCUUUACCGAAGGCUUCGAUCCGAGCUUUUCCGUCAAAAUCAACCACGAUAGCCUCAGCUACGACCAGUACAAGGAGGCUAUCCAUAAGACUCGUGCUCAGAGUGAAAUCACCCUGCAAGACAGCUCCGAGAUUCUCAAAUGGGACGACGCGGAACAGAAGGGCGGCACAGUAGCCCACCUCUUCAAGUUCGUAGUCAAGGACAAGACGACGGGCAAGGAAACCAACAGCACCAACCUACUUCUCACUGCGGUCAAGUGGAUCGACGGUAAGAGGGUGAUUACGGAGAUUACGGAGAUCGCUGUAUGA